ACUCCGCGCCGAGCAGCGCCGGGCACAUGCGGUACGCGGGGCCGCGGCGAGCAGCGCGCUGGGCCCGGGUGCGGCGGCAGCAGCGGCAGCCCGCGGGGGAGGAGGAGGACGAGGAGACGGCGAGGAGGAGGAGGAGGGCAAAGCGCGACCAUGUGCGCGGGGCUCCGCGGCGAGCUGCCGGCCCUGGCCCUGCUGCUGCUCCUCGCCCGGGCGGCGGCGGCGGCGGGCACUGAGGCCACGCGGCCGCCCGAGGGACAGCCCGAGCGCACCCCGCAGCAGAAGGGGCGGCUGUCCCUGCAGAACACAGCUGAGAUCCAGCACUGCCUGGUUAAUGCCGGCGAUGUGGGAUGUGGAGUGUUUGAGUGCUUUGAGAACAACUCUUGUGAGAUCCGAGGCUUACACGAGAUCUGCAUGACUUUCCUGCACAACGCUGGAAAAUUUGAUGCCCAGGGAAAAUCCUUCAUUAAAGACGCUCUGAAGUGUAAGGCUCAUGCCUUGAGGCAUAAAUUCAGCUGCAUCAGCCGUAAGUGCCCAGCCAUUAAAGAGAUGGUGUUCCAGUUACAGCGGGAGUGCUACCUGAAGCAUGACCUCUGCUCCGCUGCCAAGGAGAACGUCCAGGUCAUUGUGGAGAUGAUUCACUUCAAAGACCUGCUGCAGCAUGAGCCAUAUGUUGACCUAGUGAACAUCCUGCUCACCUGUGGCGAGGAGGUGAAAAAGGCAAUAACAAGAAGCGUCCAGGCCCAAUGCGAACAGAACUGGGGAAGUCUCUGCUCUAUCCUGAGCUUCUGCACCUCCUCCAUGCACGGCGAUGCCGUUCUGAGCCCCGAGAAGAAGACGGGCGAAGCCAGCAAAGCUGCUGCUGGCCGCGGGGAUGUGCUGGUCCCUGCUGAGCCUGAGCACAGGGAGAGCUCACGAGCAGCCAAGGGAGAGAGGGGUGCCAGGGGCCACCUGAACGCCCACACCCGGGUGAAGGCUGGGGCCCAUGGUCCCAAAGGGGCACAUGGGAUCAUGGACCGGACGGACGAACUGUCCGACUUCUCGGACAUCCGGAGGUCUAGCUGCGUUCUGUGACAGAGUUUUCAUUCAACUUAGUUGGGAAGACGCGGGAUCAGACCCAACGCAGUGACAAAGGCUGCCCUGACCCAAGGAGCAGAGCUCCUUCCAGUGAGCGUCCUCUCCCUGUUGGUGGCACGUGGCCACCAGGUAGAACAAGCUCGAACCAAAAAGACAAUCCAGGCAUUUUAGCACAAAAAAAAGAAAAA